ACCGCCAGCAUCCUCCCCCAUCUCCUCGCUCCAACCAAAGCAAAAGCAACCACCAAGCUCCAAAGCGAAGCGACCGAUCCGGAAUGGCGAUGUCACCGUGCGCGGCGGCGGCCUCCGUCUCCUUCCCCGCCCGCCCGGCGGCUUCGGCGGCGGCGGCGUCAUCCUCCUCCGCCCGGGCGCGCGCCGGCGUGGUCCGCGCCGCGGCGGGCGGCGGGGAGGGCGGCAGCGGCAAGUGGUGGGCGCCGCUGCUGGGGUGGUCGGGCAAGGCCGACUACAUCGAGGCCCCCGCGCCCGCGGCCGACGCGGCCAAGGAGGCCGCGGCGGCGGGCAGGGGCAGGGCGUUCAUGGGGGGCCUGACGGAGGAGAAGGCGCGGGAGCUGCGCGCGCGCAUGGCGCAGACCGAGUCCUUCCACGACGCCAUGUACCACUCCGCCAUUGCCUCCCGCCUCGCCCGCUCCGCCUAGGCCGGGACGCCGUGGAUCUAGCGCGCCGUCCGUGCGCGCGCGCGCGUGUAUAUGCAUGUUGUGUCCUGUUUUUCUUCUUCCUUUUCUUCUUUGAUGAGUUGGGGAUUCGUUCCCCCAUUGCUGUUGCUGUUGUGGAGUAGGAGGCGAGAGAGCAAGGGAGGGGGCUCUGGUUUUAAAAGCACCCCACCCUUCGCCGGCUCCCCGAUCUGCUCCGAUCUGGAGCUUGAAAUGUUGUUCCCGAAUCAUUUCCGGUCUUCGCUGAAAUGGCAGAUCCGCGAAAAGUUGUCGCAAACUUGAUGAGAUUGGAUCCCA